AUGGAAUCAGAAUCGCUUCGAGUCAGCAAGAAGCAAGCACCACACAGUGGUGUCUCGAAAUCAACCAACGGCUCUUUGACGACGACGACGACAACAACAACAACAACGACUCUAGUUUCCAUGAACGUUGCGGGAUGCGUACCUUCGCAAAUGGCACCAGAAUCUUGGACUCAAAAGGACUCUAUUGAUGCAGUCCGAUCUGAAGUCAUCUCGCAUCGCCCCGAUUGGAUCGCACUCCAAGAAUCCCCCGGUGGUGUGGAACUGGUCGAUCAAGUCUUUGGCCAGCAAGGAUACAAAGCAGUUGGGGCGACAUACAGUCAUGCAGAUCAAGUGGUGCUGCUUGUCAAGAAAGACAUCAAAUCCAAGUUGAUUCCCAUGCCGGGUCUGCCAGUGAUUAUGGCCGUGUUCGACGUUGGUGAUGGUGGUGGUGGUGAGCCUACUACUGCUGAGCCUCAUCGGAUCUUGGUAGCAAGCGUCCACCUGGAACCAUUCAAACAAGGAAAUCGCAAACGCGCCGAACAGAUGGAAGCAAUUGUAGAAAAGGCCAAGUCCCUUGCCAUUCCUGUUGUGAUUGCAGGGGACACCAAUAUGCGUCCAACCGAAGACACUGCAAUGGAGGAAGACUUGCAACUCUUGGAUGUUUGGAAGUUGGCUGGAAGCAAUCCGAGUACGCAGUUUACCUGGGAUACGAUAGACCAUCGCAAUGAUGCGACAGAAAAUGGCCAAGAAGACCUUGACCCGAAGGAAGGAUAUUUCAAUCAGUACUAUGGACAAAGUACUCGUCAAUAUACUGCCCGAUAUGAUCGAAUCUACAUUCAUCAUGAAAAUCAUUCGAUCGAUCUUAUGCCUACUGAUAAUGGCUCGCCAGUAACCUUUGGAUUGAUUGGAAAUAAACCCAUGACAUCAAAGCUGGACUUUUUGUCUGACCAUUUUGGAGUUGUUUCAACGCUGCCAAUUCAAUGGAAAUAG